CCCAGGGACUGAGGCGCAUGCGUACUUGCUUAACAGUGGCAGUGAAGUUGGUCAAACAGCUGGUGAUAAAAUGCAUAAACUUAAAUCAUCUCAGAAGGACAAGGUUCGUCAGUUUAUGGCUUUUACUCAGGCUGGGGAGAAGACUGCUAUAUACUGCCUGACACAGAAUGACUGGAAACUAGAGGUGGCAACAGACAACUACUUCCAGAACCCUGAUUUAUACUACAAAGAAUCCAUGAAAAACUCUGUAGAUCGAAAGAAAUUAGAGCAAUUGUAUAACCGGUAUAAAGAUCCUCAGGAUGAUAAUAAGAUUGGCAUUGAUGGGAUUCAACAAUUUUGUGAUGACCUAAAUCUUGACCCUGCCAGCAUCAGUGUCUUGGUAAUUGCAUGGAAAUUCAGAGCUGCCACUCAGUGUGAAUUCAGUAAAAAGGAAUUUGUAGAUGGCAUGUCAGAACUUGGCUGUGACAGUCCAGAAAAACUUAAAGCUCUCCUUCCAAGAUUAGAGCAAGAAUUAAAAGAUCCAGGAAAAUUCAAAGACUUCUAUCAGUUUACAUUUAACUUUGCUAAAAAUCCAGGACAAAAGGGCUUAGAUUUAGAAAUGGCCAUUGCAUAUUGGAACCUAGUAUUGACAGGAAGGUUUAAAUUUCUAGAUCUCUGGAAUAAAUUUUUAGUGGAACAUCACAAAAGAUCAAUUCCAAAAGACACAUGGAACCUUCUUCUAGAUUUUGGCAAUAUGAUUGCAGAUGACAUGUCAAACUACGAUGAAGAAGGAGCGUGGCCAGUUCUUAUAGAUGACUUUGUAGAAUAUGCACGUCCAGUAGUCACAGGAACCAAGAGGAAGACUGUAUCAUUUUAAGCCUUUUUUGUGAAAAAAGACAUGAAUAUUGCAAUGUGUGCAAUGCAAGUGGUAUUAAAUACAAAUGAAAGAAAGAUAUGAAAGAAAUUAAGCCAUUCUUGGCUAGUGACUAUGCACUCACUGUUCUUGAACUGUGCUGUUGUGGCAUAUUGCUACAUUUGUUGCGUUUCUUGCCCAGGAUAACAAGUAACAACUCAAAGCAGCUGCUUUCAAAGUGACAGAAAAGAUCAGGUGACCAUUUUGGUUGGCAAAAAAGAAAACCCAGCUUUAGACUUUUAAUGGCUGUAUGAUAUAUAAUAUGAAAUCUGCAUGUUUUUAUAUUUUUGAACAUUGUGAUCUACAGAACCACUUUAUUAUCCAGAGCAAGAGUAUUCAAAUGAAGAAAGAAGCGACAGUUGACUAAUGCAGCAUGUCAAUCAGUUCAUGACCAGGUGACCACCAGCACUUGCCCAUUUACAAUUGUAAUAUACUGUACUUAUACAUAAAAAGUAUUUGUGGUGUAAAUUAAACAAUCAAUGAAAUCUGUAUGUAGUAUGCUUUUUCAAAUUAUAUUAUUGUAAAUGCCAACCAACAUAGCCAGAGUGGUGUGGUAAGUUUACUAAAUAGAAUAUGUUAUUAAAAUAAUGGAAAAAUGUGUGCAUUGUUAAAUUAACAGAGCAAACCAAAGGAAGCCCUUAUCAAAAUAAUACUGAGGUAUGUGCUAAAUUAUGUUUCUUAUGCUGUCAUUUAUAUCAGCACCAAAAUUCAAGUUUAAGUCUAAAAUGCUAGUAUUGAAAACCAGGGCUAAUUAAGUGUCUGAUUUGCUCUUUAUGUAUUGUAUUGUCAUGUAAAGCAAAUCUCAGGUAAGUGUUUUAUUCUCCAAACCCCUGUUUUUCAAAUGCUGGUAGAUCAGUAAUGAAGUGUCUGCUUAGCAUUGUUGUGUAUGUGACAUUUAUUAUUUUAAUUUAUCUACUUGUCUUUGAAAGGAAAUUAUAGUAAAAUUUAAUAAGAAUGAGGCAUGGUUUGGUACUUAAUUGAAAUAAUAUUUUUUUAUUGAUUUCUUAGGCUGCUGUUUUAACAUUAAAGUUAGUUUGUAGGCCAGCAAUAUUUGCACAAAGCUUUCAUUUUAGUGUUCACAACACAACCCAAAGUGAAAUAUGAAGCUCCAACCAGUAGUUUCAGUUUCGGUUUUAAUUUAGGUUUAUUUAGUGCUGUUUCCCCUGUUAGUGCAGCAUUCUAUUCACUAAUUACAAAUCUAGUAUGUAUAAAUAUCUGGUAGUGGGUGUUUGAAUUAAAGAAAUGUAUAUACACACACGUACAUACAAGUGGGCCUCAGGUUACAAAUGAGUUCCUUCUUCUGGACGUUCAUCACCCGAUUUUGUAUACAAGUCGGAGCUUGCACUGAGAAUGUCCAUUAAUGGAAAAAUUUACAAAAAUGCGUAGUUUUAUUACUUAUUACUCAGAAAAAUGUAUCAAACUUAAUAAAAUGACAGUGAAGCAUUAUUAGUAUGCUUAAAAUCACAAAACAAGAAAAAAGUUUAAAUUAAAAUGAACCACUGGUAUAUAUAAUAGAAGUAUGUACACCUUAUGCUUCAGCAUUCUACAGGUUUUGAUAAAACAUACAUUACCUCAUGGAGUUGGAAAGUCAUAAUGAUGGCACAAAAACCCACAACUAUUCCUUGGCAGAGUCUUUUUGUCUUUGCUGAGGUAUCACUCAGAGUAUCAUGUCCCCCUCCCAACUGCCAUACUCCCUAAAGUCAACAUGGCUGGGACAUAUGCUAAGGACUCUGGGUAGGACAAGUAGGAUUUUCUAGUGUUCAAGUAACUGGCCCUCUGCCAAUAGUUUUGCUUACCUGUAACAGAGGUUAUUGUGUGAAUGCACAUGCUGUUGGUUACAUUCAAUGGCACGGGCGUACAAAGGAAAAAAUGAUUGAAAAUGAUGACAAGAGUCCAUACUGGAGAGUACUGUUACUCACUGUUAGUGACUGCUGCUACAUAUUCAUUUGCACCAGUACUUGUUCAAUUCAUGAGUAAGAAAGUAAAGUUGCUAGAUGAAAAUAAAUUAAAAUUCAGUUGGAAAUAAAACUUAGAGUUGAUAUCUUCUUUAUUGGCAUAGCGCAGGGGUGGGCAAUGUCGGUCCUGGAGAGCCGCAGUAUGUGCAGGUUUUUGUUCCAACCCAGUUCCUUAACAAGAACUCAAUUAUUGCUGAUAAAGCUCAUAUUGCUUAAGUGACAUUUUGAUGCUUCAUUUUACUGGUGUCGCUUGUUAAGGUUCUCCAACCUUAAUUGCUUAUUUCAAUCUUAAACUGCUGCAUUCAGUGUUUUAAUUGCUCCUUAUUAGCAAUAAGAUGUAAAAGACAAAGCAGCCAGCAGUUCUCCAGCUAGCUUUUUUCCAAUUACAUCUGUGUGUGUUCAUCAUGCACUGUUUGAUUUAAUAAAACACUUAAUAGAAAAAUGUGACAGACUGAAAAUGAUCUGUUUUAGGCUUCAAAUCAUUUGGAUGAUAUCCUUGGAAAGGAAAAAAAUCUACGAUAUAAGAGCCUUACAUUGCACAGACUAACAAGCCAUAAAAUUAAAUAAGGUCUGAGAUUGGCAAUGAUUGGUUUCUAAUUAAGCAAUUGGGUUGGAAUGAAAACCUGUAGCCACUGCGGCUCACCAGGACCGACAUUGCCUACCCCUGGCAUACCGCAUUUCAUGGAUGUAGCACUUUAAACUGGGGUACAGACGCUAGUCACAGGUCUGGAGAACAGGAUGAGGGUGGCAUCUCUUUGAAUCCAUAGGUUAGCAGAGAAGCCCUUGCUGCACAUGCUUUUAUUAAUAAGGAAAUUGUUGUGACACAGAACAGUGAUGGUUUAUCGCUUUUCUCACUGCUUUUUUCUUGAUUGACUGCUGCAUUCACCAAAGCAAAUCAGCAUUUGUAUUGAGAGUUCUGGGUCUUUUAAGCCAUGGAAUCUUUAUAGACAAUACCCUUAACAUAAAGUGUGCACAUUAUCUUGUUUGUUUUGGAGUAUCACCAUUGUUCUGUUGUUGGGCUCUGGUUCAUAGUGAUAUAUUCAAGUUUCAUCCUCAGUUACAAAGUGCUUCUUAAAUUUCUUCCAGUCCCAGAUCAUCAGGGCAAGACUGGAGCAUUGGUGUUAAUAAUGUUUUAUUUAAAGAAAUCAACAUUCUGGACACUCGUCAUGUAUAGGUCUUGGUCAUGUUUAAUUUUUCGUAAAGAACAGAUUCAUUUGACCAGUAACUAAUGCCUAUGGUGUCUGCUAAUUCAUGCUCUGUUGGUCUUUGAUUCUUCAUAAAAGUUGCUUCAUUGUUAGUGUUGAUGGCCAGGCCAGAUUUUGGGUCAUCUUUGAGAGAGGUCCUACCACAUUGAAAUUAUGCAGUCCAUCACUUGAAUAGGGCAUCUAAAGAAGACUAGUCCUAGGUGAGAAUGAAUCUCCAAAUGCAUAUUGUUCUCUAGUGUUGGAAAUUCCAUACUGUGUUGGUUCUAAAACAAGAAACAUACACCAUAAACCACUAAUGUUAUACACAUGUAAUUCCCAUAUUUUAAUAGAGAAGAGCUAAUCUUUGGCCCUUAACAAAGUCAUCACUGUAGAAUAACCCUUUUAGGUUCAGGUUCAAAAUUUUUGAUCAACCCUUGUGUAUAUAUAGUACAGUGAGUACUUUUAAGUCCAAGUUCCAAAUAUCUGACAGUACAUUAGCUGCGCUCUGGAGAAUUUAAUACUGACAGUUUCAUUUCGAUAGUAGAGAUCUAAUAAAAGGUCUAUGAUACAUGUAUAUUAGACAGAGACCGUGAAGGUCUCUUGAAUUCUGGGGUGCACUAUUUAGAGUGCUUCAGAUUGUAAUAUUUAAUAAGUAAGUGUUACCAGAAUAUAAUGGUAAAAAACUGAUAUUUGAAAUACAGCUUACAGAACAUUAUUGAAGGUGAUAUUUCAUUCUUACAUGCAAAAAAACGAAAGAAAAAUGCUUGCAGGUUAGUUUUUUAAUUAGUAUAGGUACUAUAUUAUUUAUUUAUGUGUGCUGUUUUUUUAAAUGAAUAGUACUGAGAAUUUAUAGAUGUUUUUAGUAGAAAUUGGGAUGUUGGAUAUUUGGCUUGGCGUGUUUGAGACUCUUUUUUGUUGUAUACUGAAGCAUAUUAUUUUAAUGUAUUAGAACCUCAUGUUUCAUGUGUUGUUAUGUUCUCAUGUUCCAUUUAUAUUUAGGGUUUUGACACCUAUUUUAUGUUUUGUGAAACUCAAGACUACUACACACUUUAUAAAGUGCCCUGCAUUAGGUUACUGACUGCACAAUACAAUGAGAAAAUGAAGUUCUGCUUGAAAUCAGUAUUACUACUGCUGUAAAUACAUCUACAGAUUGUUAUGUUCCUGGUGUUUCAAAAUGAUUUCUAUCUUUUUUAAUGUUCAUUAAAGCAUGUUUUUAACAAAAGUA